CGUGACGUCGUGUUGUAGUCUGUCAGCUGGUCGCUCAGGACAGCAGCUAGGUGGUGUUGGAUUCUUACUUAGGCGUAUACUGUAGGAGAUAUAUAACAGGAUGGAUAUUCGCGGGGCUGUGGACGCUGCAGUCCCCACCAACAUCAUUGCUGCCAAGGCAGCUGAGGUGCGGGCCAAUCUGGUCAACUGGCAGUCCUAUCUUCAGAGUCAGAUGAUCUCAGCAGAGGACUGUGAGUUCAUCAAGAAGUUUGAGGUGGCCAACUCUGAGGAGAAACAGGUCAUUCUGACCAAUGAAGGACAUCAGUGUGCGAAGACCUUUCUCAACCUGAUGGCCCACAUCUCCAAGGAGCAGACAGUCCAGUACAUCCUGACUCUGAUUGAUGACACUCUGCAGGAGAACCAUCAGAGGGUGAACAUCUUCUUUGACUAUGCCAAAAAGACAAAAAACACCGCCUGGUCCUACUUCCUUCCAAUGCUGAAUCGUCAGGACCUCUUUACUGUCCACAUGGCGGCAAGGAUCAUUGCUAAGCUAGCUGCGUGGGGCCGCGAUCUGAUGGAGGGAAGCGAUCUCAACUACUACUUUAACUGGAUCAAAAGCCAACUCAGUUCACAGAAUCUACAUGGUACAGGUCCAGAAACAGGAGCAGGAACUAUUUCUCCCAGUGAAAGCUCUCAGUAUGUCCAGUGUGUGGCUGGGUGCCUUCAGUUGAUGCUGAGGGUCAAUGAAUAUAGGUUUGCCUGGGUGGAGGCUGAUGGAGUCAACUGCAUCACUGCGGUGCUGAGCAACAAGUGUGGCUUCCAGCUCCAAUACCAGAUGAUCUUCUGCGUGUGGCUCCUGGCUUUCAGUCCUCAGCUCUGUGAGCAGUUGAGACGCAACAAUGUAGUGCCAGCCUUGUCCGACAUCCUCCAGGAGUCUGUCAAGGAGAAGGUCACUCGAAUUAUUCUGGCUGCCUUCAGGAAUCUCCUUGAAAAGUCUGCGGAGAGGGAGACGCGCCAGGAGUACGCUUUGGCCAUGAUUCAGUGCAAGGUGCUGAAGCAGCUUGAGAACCUUGAGCAACAGAAGUACGAUGAUGAGGACAUCACUGAGGACAUUAAGUUCCUGCUUGAGAGGCUGGGAGAGAGUGUGCAGGAUCUCAGCUCGUUUGACGAGUACAGCUCUGAACUGAAGUCAGGCCGCCUGGAAUGGAGUCCUGUGCACAAGUCAGAAAAGUUCUGGCGUGAGAACGCUGUCCGCCUGAAUGAGAAGAACUAUGAGCUCCUCAAGAUUUUGACAAGGCUGUUGGAAGUGUCUGAUGAUCCUCAGGUUAUAGCUGUGGCAGCUCACGACGUUGGAGAGUAUGUACGACAUUACCCACGCGGUAAACGGGUGAUUGAACAGCUGGGUGGCAAACAGCUGGUGAUGAAUCAUAUGCACCAUGAAGACCAGCUAGUCCGUUACAACGCCCUGCUGGCUGUGCAGAAGCUGAUGGUCCACAACUGGGAGUACCUGGGAAGACAGUUGCAGUCCACUGACCAGCAGCAGGCUCCAGCUGUGGCCGCUAGAAGCUGAACUCGUCCUGUGCAUGUGUGUUAGUGUAUUACCGUGUGGAUGAGUGUGAACUGUGCGUACAUUGGUUUUUUCCAUUUUAAUAAUCAGAUCUUUACUUUGUGUAAUGACUUGAAACAUCAAACGGUGUGUUUUCCUCUUCCAUCUGCGCCACAAAUGAUCCUCGAUGUGACUUGAUUUGACUGUCAUGCUUUGUGUCGUACCCUCCCAGCUAAGUGAUGUGUGGUGAUUAAAGUGGCACUUUAUGUCUGUGAUAAUGUACAAAACUGCAACUAUUUAAGUCCUACCUGUAAAACAUUGUAUGUAUCCCAAUAAAGAUGCUUAUCGGUGGUG